CCCCCCCUCCCAGCUCUGACUUGUUUUCCGCCUUUUUCCCCCCGGGCGGCAUUUUGGGCGGCGGUGCAACUUCUGGGCGUCCGGCAAGGCUGCUCCUCGGCCCCGCUCCGGGCAGGUGGGGCUGCUCCUGCUCUCCCUCGGCCGGCCAGGAGGAAGCAGGGGGCACUGGAAAAAGUGGACAAAGUUCCAGUUGUUAGAUUUUCUGCGCUUAGAAAGCCCUGCAAUUGAGAAGGCCCCAGAAAUUAUGCUGGGUGGAGAAAUACUACGAUAGAAUGUCCCCUCAGAGGAACCAGGAGAGACUCUUCAAGUGCUCUGAGGGCGGGAUAUCCUUUGCUCACAAAUCCCUCCUUUUGAUUAACCGGAAGCUGGACAUGAGGAAUGGAUCCGAUCUGCGUUUGAAGUGUGGAAACUCGUUUUGUGGUUGUGAAACUUUGCCAAACAUCUCCGGAGCUACCCCAGACUGAAGCCCUACAAAUGUGGAGAGUGUGGGAAGCAUUUUGCUAAAGGCUGGGACCUCAGAGCUCUUUAGCGUAUCCACCAGGGAAAGAGACCUCAGGAAGGCCUCAGUGUUUUUCCAGGCCUCAGAAUUGCCCAACUGAAGAGAAACCCCUGCAACUCAGAGAUGCUUAAACAUUAACAAAUCCACACUGGACAAAAACCUUAUCAACGUCUGGAGUGUGGGAAAUCUUUUGUUCGAAAAAGAAGUGUCAAGAUCCAGAGGAAAAUUCACAUGGAAAUAAAACCUUAUAAAUGCUUAGAGUGUGGGAAAUGUUUCACUCGGAGUUCAUCUCUUUGCAAUCAUAAUAAAACACACACAAAGGAGGAAAGCAGAACUUGCCUAGAAUGUGGGAAAUAUUUUUCCAGCAAAUUAGCCCUGCAACGACAUCAGACAGUCCACACUGGGGAAAGACCCCAUGAAUGCCCAGAAUGUGAGAAACGAUUUGGGACGUCUUCCGCACUUCGGAGCCACCAAAAGACGCACACGGGGGGAAAACUCUAUAAAUGUAACGAUUGUGAGAAAUGUUUUUCUCUAAAGGAAAGUCUUUUUCGACAUCAGAUCAUCCACACAGGGGAGAAACCCUAUCAGUGCAUCGAGUGUGGGAAAUUUUUUUGUAUGAUAUCAACCCUCAGACAUCAUGAGAAAAUUCACAGAGAGGAAAAAAAAUUCAAAUGUUUAGACUGUGGGAGAGCAUUUAUUUGUUCAUCUCAUCUUAGAAGACACUGGCAAGUCCAUAUAGGAGAGAAGCCCCAUAAAUGCUCAGAGUGCGAUAAAUGUUUUUCUAAAAAAGACAGACUUUUGAUACAUCAGAGGAGCCACAGUGGAGAGAAGCCCCAUAAAUGCUCAGAGUGUGAUAAAUGUUUUUCUAAGAAAGACAGACUUUUGAUACAUCAGAGGACCCACAGUGGAGAGAAGCGCCAUAAAUGCUCAGAGUGCGAUAAAUGUUUUUCUAAGAAAGGCAGACUAUUGAUACAUCAGAGGACCCAUAGUGGAGAGAAACCACAUAAAUGUCCGGAGUGUGGGAGAUGUUUCUCCCAAAGGACACACCUAAUUCGACAUGAGAGACUUCACACCGGAGACAGGCCCUAUCAAUGCCCAGAAUGCGACAAGCGAUUUGUGGAGUCUGCUGAACUCCGGAGACACCAGAAGGGGCACACAGGAGAGAAGCCCUAUAAAUGUGGGGAGUGUGCGAAAGGUUUUCUCACAGCAACACUGCUUCGGAUUCACAGGAGUAUCCACACAGGAGAGAAGCCUUAUAAAUGUGGGGAGUGUGCGAAAGGUUUUCUCACAGCAACACUGCUUCGGGUUCAUGGGAGAAUCCACACAGGGGAGAAGCCAUACAAAUGUGUGGAGUGUGGCAAAUGCUUUUCCCAAAAACAACACCUCGGAAGUCAUCAAAAGGUCCAUAAAAGAAUGAAGGUCCAUAAAAGAAUGAAGCCAUAAAGACUGUAGAAAUCUUUUGCUCAAAAGGAGAUAUCAGAAAACUCAAUGGGAGAAGGCCUAACAGGCCCUGAUGGUGGAACAGUUUUUCAUAGUUGUUUCACCCUGAGAGGUCAUGUAAAAGUUCCUAAAAUUAGAACCUCUUAGAUCAGUGGUUCUCAACCUUUCUAAUGUCGUGACCCCAUAAAACAGUUCCCCAUGUUGUGGUGACCCCAAGUGGGUGUGGCCACCAAUAAGAGGGAGUAGGACAGCUAGGGAAAAGGGAAAAAAAUGGCGGACUGCAUUGUUUGGCGACCCCCGUGAAAUGGUCGUUUGACCCCAAAUGGGGUCCCGACCCACAGGUUGAGAACCACUGUCUUAGAUCCUGAGAGAGCAUUUUUUGUCAAUCAUCCCUUAAAAAUCAUACUCUAAUCCAUAUAGGGAAGAUGUAUCAUAAAUGUUUGGAGUUUUAAUAUAAAAUACUCUUUUUCAGCAUCAAUGAAUUCUUACUGGAGAGAAACUUUAUCAGGGCUUAGGAUGUGGCCCAGGUUUUUAUCUGACAAUCAGAUCUUCAGAUGCCCUUGAAAAAUCCACACAGGAGAAAAACCUUAAGUGUGUAGCGUGAGAAAACAUUUCCUUGCCAAUUGGAACAUCUUGCCUCCUGGAGUUUGUCCCUUUGAAAUUGCCUCCUUGGAAAUUUUCUUGCCAACUUAAAAAAAUUAUAAUUUUGUAAAAAAAAAUAAAUUUUAAAAGGUGAAUGUCAUGUGAAAAUCUAAAACCUAACGUGAAAUUCUCCGGAAUCAUAAAAGGACUGCUGCUUUAGGCAGGGAGGGUUGGACUCGAAAACUACGAUUCUUGUUAUUCGGUGAUGGGUCCCUUGUAGCUCUGUGAUUCUAAGAAUUUAAAAAGAAAAAGGGAAAGGGACAGUGAAAAAGAAAAA